AGUGGGGCAAAGAAAUGUUCACUGAGCAGCUAUGAUUUAAAAUCUGCGAGGAAUAAAAAGGGAGCCAAGCAAAGUGAUGCAGCUAAUUCUUUGUCUGCAAAUUCAGAUAGUCAAAGCAAAAAAUCUCCUUCGAAACCGAAAUCGGAUAUUCAGAGUGAUGCCAAAACUAUAAAGCCACUUAUAAAGCAAUCUAGGCACUCUGAAAAAUUGAAGCCAAUCAAUUUUAGUCCAUCCCUUGCCCAGCCCUCUAAUGCCGGAAUGACUUCAUCAACGUCUAAUGAUGCACUCAAUUCUUCUGCAAAGAGUUUCCAGGCCUCUCGAGGCUCUAUUGACACUGCCCACCGAGGUCUUGUUGGCCAUGACAGUUCACCAAGACUGUCUCAUUCUACCUCAUCCUCUUCUAGAGAUUCAGCCUCAUGUUCCUCAUCACCGUCGUCUAGUCUCAAGAUUGGUCCAUCUAUUGACUCAGCAGCAGAUAAAUCUACUUUGUCCAGGGUAAAAGACAAGUGUGCUAUUGCGGAUGGACGUCGUUCACGUCGCUCUUUAAGACAUUCAAAUGAACAAGAAGCUGAGGCACUAUCUGAAGCCAUUAGAGAUACUUCCAAAGCUCCUGACCAGACAAGGGGGACUAGCCAAAGCUCAGUGAGUUCGCAUGAUUCCUCUCGUAGCCGCAGUCAUCAUAGACGUUCUUGCCGACAUCGUAAGCACUAUGGACAUAGUAAACGGCGUCGGGACACAUCUUCUCGGGGUUCAGAUGAAAAGUCGUCUCGUUCUAGAACUCGCUCCCAUUCUCAAUCGGAGUCUCGUUCCAAUACUCAUUCUCACGAUUACUCAUCCGGUUCAUCAAUUUCAUCAAGCAGGAGCUACAGACUCGCUCGAGAUCGCGUUCUGCUUCUCGUUCAGCCACUCGUUCUCAUUCUGGCUCUUCAUACUCACGUUCUCGGCGUCACGACUCCAGAAGCAGUCAUGAUUCCAGACAUCAUCAUAGGAAACACAGGCGCCAUCGUCGCCACAGUCAUUAUCGUAGUCAUCGCCAUGGCCGUAGAAGACAUGGAAGACAUCGGCGAAGCUUCACUAAUUCAUCCCCGAGCUCUUCCUCUUCUAGAUCUCGUCGUUCCUUUUCAUCAAACUCUCAUUCUUCUGCUUCGGAUGAUUCUCGCCGCUAUUCGCAUUCCCAUAGUCGAUCUCGAUCUCGCCGAUCUCGAUCGCGGUCCCGCACUCGAACGCAUACUCGUUCAGGCAGUCGUCGCAGUCGCUCUAAUCGUGAUAAUCAAUCACGAUCAUGGCGUAGCCCUCCAUCCAUUUCUUAUCAUCGUAAACAGCGUGCUACACGGUCUAGAUCCGGUCCCACGAGCGGGAGGCGCUCUUCUAGUCCUGAGGCGCGCUCAGUCAUUCCUCGUUCAAAUGGAGGCCAACUUGUCAAAUCUACUUAUUCGUCAACCUCCAGUAGUGCUUCGGCCAUAG